AUGGGGACCACAGAAGCCACUUUGCGGAUGGAAAACGUGGAUGUGAAGGAAGAGUGGCAAGAUGAGGACUUCCCAAGACCUCUCCCGGAAGAAACAGGGAUGGAGUCACUGGGCAGCCCUACAGAAGAUGAGAACACAUCCUCUCCCCCCAAUACUUUAAACUUUAACGGGGCGCAUCGUAAGCGGAAGACACUUGUUGCACCUGAAAUCAACAUUUCCCUGGACCAGAGUGAAGGCUCCAUUCUCUCCGAUGACUUCCUGGACACACCAGAUGACCUGGACAUUAAUGUGGAUGAUAUCGAAACUCCUGAUGAGACAGAUUCCCUCGAAUUCCUGGGGAAUGGGAACGAACUGGAAUGGGAAGAUGACACUCCUGUGGCCACAGCCAAGAACAUGCCAGGGGACAGUGCAGACCUGUUUGGGGAUGGUGGGACAGAAGAUGGGAGUGCUGCUAACGGCCGGCUUUGGAGGACUGUCAUCAUUGGGGAGCAGGAGCACCGCAUCGACCUCCAGAUGAUCAAACCCUACAUGCGAGUGGUGACACACGGAGGAUACUAUGGAGAAGGUCUCAAUGCCAUCAUUGUCUUUGCUGCCUGCUAUCUGCCAGACAGUAACCUGGCUGAUUACCACUACAUCAUGGAGAAUCUCUUCCUAUACGUGAUCAGUAGCCUGGAGCUGCUGGUGGCUGAGGACUAUAUGAUUGUGUACCUGAAUGGAGCAACGCCCCGCAGGAGGAUGCCAGGCCUGGGCUGGCUGAAGAAAUGCUACCAGAUGAUAGACAGAAGGCUGCGUAAAAACCUCAAAGCAUUGAUAAUCGUGCAUCCCUCGUGGUUCAUCCGGACAGUGCUGGCGAUAUCCAGACCCUUCAUCAGUGUGAAGUUUAUCAACAAGAUCCAGUAUGUUCACAGCCUGGAGGAACUGGAGCAACUCAUCCCAAUGGAGCAUGUGCAGAUCCCAGAUUGCGUCUUACAAUAUGAAGAAGAGAGGAUCAAGGCCAGAAAAGAAAGGGCAGAAGAGAAACAAGACAUGGCUGAGAAGGAAAGCAGGCCUGUGCCCCCAGCAGAAGAUCAGGAAACCAG